UGUAUACAACAACUCUGUCUCUGUCAUCUCUGUUAUCUCAUCUUCUCAUUCUUUCUCUACCACCAAGAUCCAAAUCCCAAAUCCAUCUCUUUAUUUUUUUACCUUUUAUAUCACAAAAUUUUGAUUAUAAAUUCCCAACCCAAUCAAAACAAAUUCACUCAAUAAUCUAUACAUACAGUAAGAUAGCAACUUUCAAAGACAUGGCAGAGACCAAAACCCCUCCAGUGAUGAAGAUCAAACCAAAUUCCCAAAUUGCCCCUUCCAAGCCUAAGAUUACUGAUUCUUCAUCUCUCAGUAAGAGUCUCCCCAGCUCAAAUAAGAUGAAAGCUGUCACCACUGUCACUAAAUCUGAGGUUAAAUCAAAACCGACAAUAAUGUCGUCAUCAUCAUCUAAAACAACGACGACAACAAAGACGACAAAGAGGAAAACUACUACCACCAAAGUGAGAGAGAGGAAAGUGUAUAAUUUGCCUGGCCAGAAACACGAUCCACCUCAAGAGAAAGAACCCUUGAGGAUUUUCUAUGAGUCGUUGUCGAAACAGAUACCGACAAGUGAAAUGGCGGAAUUUUGGUUAAUGGAACAUGGACUAUUGUCUCCUGAAAGAGCUAAGAAAGCAUUGGAAAAGAAGCAAAGAAAGCAAAAGGAGCUUCGUAGCGGAACUCCGGCUAAGUCAUCGUCAAAGCCACCAACUAAAACCACAUCUUCACAGAAGCCGCAGCCAAGACCAAAUAAUAUUGGAUCUACAGAGAGGCCGCAGCCGAGACCAAAUAAUACUGGAUCUACAGAGAGGCCACAACCGCAGCCGAGACCAAAUAAUACUGGAUCUACAGAGAGGCCGCAGCCGAGACCAAAUAAUACUGGAUCUACAGAGAGGCCACAACCGCAGCCGAGACCAAAUAAUACUGGAUCUACAGAGAGGCCACAACCGAGACCAAGUAAUACUGGAUCCUUACAGAAGCCUAAUACUGGAUCCUUACAGAAGCCGCAACAGAAGUCAAAUAAUGGCGACAUUAAAGCCAAGAGAAAAAUUGAGAGUGACAGCGAUGAUGAUGACGAUUUCAUUUUAAGUCAUAAAAGAAGAAGAGUGUAAGAAGAAGAGCCUCACAAUUUUUAUUUAAUAAAGGUUAAUAAAAAGGAAAGGAAAAGAAUUGUUGUAAGGUAAAUUGAACUGUAAGAUUAAAAUAUUCUUCAUGUGUCAAACUUUACUGAUUCUACAAGGGACUUGCAUUGUGUUGUAUGUGUCUUUUGCAAGCAACAUUAAUAAUGAAAGUGGAGAGUGUUUUUACUCAAUUACUCCCUCACCAUUUACUCUUGGCCUGUUAGCCUUGUCAAAAGUCUGGAAAAAUUGCUCAGAAACUUUGUUUGGUCAGGUAACAUGUAGAGCAGGAAGCUUGCCACUCUGGUUGUGUCUAUGUAAGUUUUAUCCCAUAUACAUAGAGAAGGAAAUCAAUGUGCCGACAAGCAUGCCUCUAUAGGCUUGUCAACGAAUGGUUUCUAUUGGUGGGCUUUUCCUCCCAUUCUAAUUAGACAAAAUCUAGUUAGAAACAAGUUAGCCAUCCAAACUUUAGAUUCUCCUAGUUUCUUUCAUUUGUAUCUUCUUUGGUUAGGGUCUUGGUUUAGUCCACCAUAUCCUCCUUUGUUCCAUUCUUUAUUUU